CACACAGAUUCUCUUCCUCCUCCGCCUGCCUGUGUUGUGGUUUUUCAUCGGCAUCUCGCGGUGGUGAAAGUUGUGCAUUUCUUGCCGAUCAUCCCGGGUUUUUGAACAAGUUCACCGAAAUGGCGUGCAGAAUCUUCCACCUGUCACGGGCCGUGCUCCGCGGGCAGGCCAAACUGGCCGCGAUCGCCCAGCAGCAGUCCGCGAGGGCGCUGGCCACCACCGCCAAGGCUAGCAAAGACGUUGGCUUCCGCACCGAGUCGGACACUUUUGGCGAGUUGAAAGUGCCGAACGACAAGUACUAUGGCGCGCAGACUGUUCGUUCCACGAUGAACUUCCCGAUCGGAGGACCAACCGAGAGGAUGCCCCAGCCGGUCAUCACUGCCAUGGGAAUUCUGAAGAAGGCUGCGGCCCUCGUCAACAAAGAGUACGGUCUGGACCCGAAGGUUGCGGACGCGAUCGCGCUGGCCGCGGAUGAUGUCAUCUCGGGCAAGCUGUAUGACGAUCACUUUCCGUUGGUCAUCUGGCAGACCGGUUCUGGCACUCAGUCCAACAUGAACGUCAACGAAGUCAUCAGCAAUCGGGCGAUCGAGUUGAUGGGCGGCACACUGGGUUCCAAGACGCCGGUUCACCCGAACGAUCACGUCAACAAGUCCCAAUCUUCGAACGAUACCUUCCCGACCGCGAUCCACGUUUCGGUGGCUCGCGAGUUAACCGGAAAUUUGAAGCCGGCCAUCCAGACGCUGCACGACGCGCUUAAAGCCAAGUCGGACGAAUUCAAGGACAUUAUCAAAAUUGGCCGCACGCACACCCAGGAUGCGGUUCCGCUGACGCUCGGUCAGGAGUUCAGCGGCUAUGUCCAGCAGAUGGAGUUUGCGCUGCAGCGAAUUGAAGCCUGCCUGCCACGCGUGUACAUGCUGGCCCUCGGAGGUACCGCUGUCGGCACUGGCCUCAACACGCGCAUCGGAUUCGCCGAGAAAUGCGCCGCCAAAAUCUCCGAACUCACCGGCCUGCCGUUUGUCACUGCCCCCAACAAGUUUGAAGCGCUGGCCGCUCGUGACGCCAUGGUCGAGGUCUCCGGAUGCCUCAACACCAUCGCCGUCAGCUGCAUGAAGAUCGCCAACGAUAUCCGAUUCCUCGGAUCGGGUCCCCGUUGCGGCCUCGGUGAACUCAGCCUGCCAGAAAACGAACCCGGAAGCUCGAUCAUGCCCGGAAAGGUCAACCCAACCCAGUGCGAAGCCAUGACUAUGGUUUGCGCUCAGGUUAUGGGCAACAACGUCGCCGUCACCGUCGGUGGAUCCAACGGUCACUUUGAACUCAAUGUGUUCAAACCGUUGGUCGUCUCGAAUGUACUCCGAUCGAUCCGACUCCUCUCCGACAGCGCGCGCACCUUCAGCAAGAACUGCGUCGUCGGCAUCCAGGCGAACCGGGCCAACAUCGACAAGAUCAUGAACGAGUCGUUGAUGCUGGUGACGGCGCUGAACCCGCACAUCGGGUACGACAAGGCGGCCAAGAUUGCCAAGACGGCCCACAAGGAGGGCACGACGUUGAAGCAGGCCGCCCUCAAGCUGGGCUACCUGAACGAGCAGCAGUUCAACGAGUGGGUCCGCCCGGAGAACAUGCUGGGACCGAAGUGAGGAGGAGCGAGAGAGCGCUGCGAAUCAGGUGAAUAAUUUUGAUUGUUUACUUAUUAUUAUUAUUUUCUAUAAAGAACAGAAGAGUUUUGUGUCGUAAAACGAA